AUGGGUUUCUGGUCAUCGCGAAAAUCAUCUCCUUCCCCGUCCACAACACAACGGGAGAAUGGUAAAUCGAAACCAAAACCGGCUCCGAAGAAAGCAGUUCCUCCUCCUUCUAAACCCAAAUCGAAACCCAAACCCAAACCCAAACCUCGUCCAGGAAGAAUAAUCGUACAUUUUGUUCGUCACGCCGAAGGCUACAACAACCUGCGCGAGCGCGGCGCCGGAGACCUCACCGAUCCGCUCCUCACACCCCAUGGCAAAUCCCAAUGUCUAACGCUCCGCACACAAUUCGCGCAUCUCCAUCCCCAACACAUCCUCUGCUCGCCGCUACGACGCACGCUGCAGACGGCACUGCUCGCUCUCUCCCCCCGCACCCGCAUCCCCAUCACCGUCGACCCGGAUCUGCGCGAAUACGGGUCCGUGCCGAAUUGCACGGGGUCGCCGGUGGCGGAGCUGAAGAGGAAACAUGAGGGUGUAAAGUUGAAGAUGGAUUUUGAGAGGGUGGAAGACGGGUGGGAGAGGAAUGUAGAGAGGGAUGGGCGGUUUGUGGAGGGGAGAUGGAGGAGGAGUCGCGAGCAGAAGGAGAGGAGUCAGCGGGUUUUGAAGAGAUUGUGGGAGUUGGGGAGGGAGGGGGUGAAGGCGGCCGAAGGCGAUGUGGAGAUUUUGGUUAUUUCACAUGGAGAUUUUUUGCAUGGGUUGACGGGGGAUUACUGGCACAACGCCGACAUCAUCUCCCUCACCAUGAUAAAAAGUAGUCGUGGCUAUGGAUUUAUCGAUCCGCCGAAUCGGUUUGCGUAUCAUUGA